AACAUUAGGCGAUCGAGCGACCCUAUAUAAGCAAGCAGUGACCGCGACAGGGAAGCGGGCUGUCAGCGGGACGGCUGGCGGUGGGAUGGCGGGACUAGCGCAGGACAGCGUGUCAUGGCGGGAGCUCGUGCAUUACUGGCUCCCUGCGGCUGAACAUCUCACUAUGUCAGCUGUGCUCCUAUACACGUUGUCGUUCGUGGGGCUGUACUGGCUUAUGGGCUCCUUGUGGGCCUAUUACCUGAUCAUGUCUAGGAAUACCCCUCCUGGCCCUACGCCUCUGCCCUUCCUGGGUAACUUCGGUUUCAUGCUUGUGCCCGGGCGGCUGCUGCAGUUGCUAAGUUUCGGGAAAGACAGCGGGAGGCUGAGUAGGGUACCGGCCGGGACAUCCCGAAGGGGCGCCUUCUUAUACCCUCAUAUUGUUCUCACCAACAUGGCUAAAACGUACGGGAAGAUGUACAGUCUUUACAUCGGCACGCAGCUCAUAGUCAUCCUCAACGACUUUGACACCGUGAAGGAUGCCAUGGUUAACCACUCUGAAGUGUUCUCGGACCGACCGAGCGUCCCCAUGGUGACCAUCAUUACCAAGAGGAAAGGUAUAGUGUUUGCAAGCUAUGGACCAGUAUGGAGACAACAGAGAAGAUUCUCUCAUUCGACACUCAGGCACUUUGGGCUAGGAAAGCUUAGCUUGGAGCCCAAAAUCAACGAAGAGUUUAAAUAUGUGAAAGAAGAAAUGCUGAAGUUUGGAGAAAAGCCCUUCAGUCCAUUUCAGAUCAUCAAUAAUGCAGUUUCCAAUGUCAUAUGUUCCAUAAGUUUUGGGAAACGCUUCAACUAUGAAGAUGAGGAGUUCAAGACGAUGCUGAGGUUCAUGUCCCGUGGGUUGGAAAUCAGUUUGAACAGCGAAGCCAUAUUGACCAAUGCAUGCUCUCUUUUGUAUUAUCUACCCUUUGGGCCAUUUAGAGAGCUCAGGCAAAUCGUGAUAGAUAUCACAGCCUUUCUGAAGAGAAUCAUUGCAGAACACAAGUCCAGCUUAGAUCCUGAAAACCCCAGAGAUUUUAUUGAUAUGUACCUGCUUCACAUCGAAGAAGAGCUAAAAGUGCAGGCAGGGAGCAGCUUCAAUACUGAUUAUUUGUUCUACAUCAUUGGUGACCUCUUCAUCGCAGGAACUGACACGACGACAAACACUCUCCUUUGGUCUCUGUUGUAUAUGUGUCUCCAUACUGAUAUACAAGAAAAAGUCCAAGCUGAAAUUGACACUGUAAUUGGACGUGGCAGACCUCCAUCGCUGACUGACAAGUCCCAAAUGCCAUUCACAGAAGCUACUAUCAUGGAGGUUCAGAGAAUGACUGUGGUUGUCCCUCUUUCAGUUCCCCACAUGGCAUCUGAAACUGCAGUGUUCCAGGGAUAUACGAUCCCUAAGGGUAGCGUGGUGUUGGCCAACCUGUGGGCUGUACAUAGAGAUCCGAAGGUGUGGGAGAAUCCAAAUGAUUUUAACCCUAGUCGAUUUAUAGACGAACAUGGCCAAAUCCUUAAAAAAGAAGCAUUUAUUCCUUUUGGAAUUGGCCGUCGUGUUUGCAUGGGGGAGCAGCUGGCCAAGAUGGAAUUGUUCCUAAUGUUCGUCAACUUACUGCAGUCUUUUACUUUUAAUUUUGCCGAUGAUACAUUCAAACCGAUUUUGGAGGGACGUUUUGGUCUGACACUCGCUCCUUACCCAUAUGACAUUAAGAUUACCAAGAGAUAACGUACUGCGAUGUGGCAUUACUCUGCGACCAGAGUGCUGAAAUACAACUUUAGAGUUGUGGGCACUAAAUUGUGCGGAUUAAUUAAACCAAAUCAAACCUUGACUAUAACGUUAUUAAAUAUAGCGUUAUGUUGAGAGCUUUUGCUGAACUGAUGCACAUAUUUAGAGAUACACAUAUAUCGCACAUAGCUUGUGCAUUCUGUGUAAAUAAGAACAGAGGGUUUGCUGUUAAACAACAGUGUGUCCUCCGUCUUUAACUGGAAAUACAUUGAAAUGUACAAAUGCAGAGAAAAA